AUGAACAUCAUGACGCCGUCGGGUGAGAUCGAAAAUAUAUCGAUGAAGUACUUUACAUGAAAUCCAAAACUUACCAAAGUCAGAGGAAAAAAAACAUCCUUCAGCCGUAACGGGGACUUCCUGACGAUGCUUUUUUUCUGAAGGAAGCUUUUUUGAGGAAAAAAGUCGAAAAUACUUACUAAUUCAACUGGAGUCGUUCUUUCAGCCUCACGGAAAGAGAAGUUCAGCAUGAAAACAUUAAGCUUUUAGAGCGGUUGAUCAUCCACGAAACUAAAUCGAGAAAAUAAUUCGAAUUUUCUUAUUUACUAACCUUUCAAGCUGUUGUUUUUUAAACCUGAAACCUUCCGUCGCAUCACAUUUACUGAGCUCUACCCAAAUAAAACAAAGGUUUAUAUUAUAAUAAUUUUCUGACUUUUUAAACUUCUUUUCAACUAAAGUCUGUUCUUUUGUUUCGUUUUAAGGAGGAUUCGUGCCUUUGCUGCAAAAACUCCAGAUGUAAAAAAACUAUCUUAUAAAUUUAAUUGUCCUGCAAAAAAAUCGCGUUUCUUUCUUUGAACGACCUACGCAACCUACAGUUUUUCUACUUCUAUAGACAGCUUUUUUUGAAUUUUUUUACAGAAAAAAAAUGAAAUCAAGAAAAAAAUUGCUUGUUACAUCAAAACUGCAUUGCGGCAUCGCUUCUGCGCUAGUUUGGACAAAACAGGAAACGAACACUGAAAAAAAUCGUGAAAUCAGCAAAAAAAUCAAAUAGAAAAAAACAAAAAAAGACAAAAAAAACGCGAGUCCCAAAAAUUUUUAGAUCGAAAUAUAAAAUACAGUAAUAAAAAGCAAAUUCGCGCUAUUGGUUAUGUCGCCAGAGAAUCGCCAGGAAACCGCCACAAAUUUGAUGGGCGCGAGCUCGCGAAAUGACUUUUUCUGGCGGAUAGCUGGCGCCUGGGGUCAGAGAUAAGGUCUUCAACUAAACAAGAAGCUCACCUAACUCAAAAUGCUUUCAUUGAUACCUUCAAAAAGCCUAUAACUAGCCAAGGGGUUCACCUAACUAAGACUGCACACUAAAAACCACAAAGCUCGAUUUUUUCUUGCAAGAUGACACAUGACUGGGCAGCGGCCCAUUUUCUAAAGGGUCCAAGCUUCCAGGCUGGCUCACGAAGACCUGCUGACGGCGGUCCGAGCGCCGGCACGGAUCCACUACAACGGGACCGUGGUCGCCUCCCAUCCGGCGGUCCACACGGUCAGCUGCGAGAUCAACAUCAAGCAAUUCCCUCUGGACGAUCAACGGUGUGCUAUUGAGGUGGGGAUAAUGGAAAUGAGCUUUUCACGGGAAUUUUUGGAUUUAAUUCGGAAGAGAGCACAAAAUGGCCUAUUUAAACGCAUUCUGAAGGUUUCUCUGACGUUCCUCAAAAACUAGAAAGGGUUGAGGGUUUCUAGGAAAUUCCAAAUCUCAAAGUAAAAUGACCUCCGGGAACUUUGAGCCUUAUAGUGAUCACUUAAGAAGUGUCUCUAGAAAAAGCAGACAUUUCCUAGAUAUUGGAAAGAUGUCUGAUUAGGCAUAACGAACUUUUUCAAUAAUUCUUUAGUGUUUAUGUAGUAGAUGCGCCGUAGCGCACCAGGUUGUGUGCCCUUUUUAGUCCACAGGGUCACGGGUUCGAUCCCCGCCGCGGUCCAACCAAGGGGUUUUUAAGAAAUAAUGAUAGCCGUUAUGGCUGAAUCACGCCCAGCUUGGGACGCUCAGAGGGCGUGUCCUGUCUGCGCUCUCCACGAGCCAGGCGCUAUCUCGUGCAUUAUCGUGUCAGGACCAUUUUUUCGAUGGCUCAAGCCAGCCGUGAUUCAGCUAUUCACACAAGGACGAUUAUGCCACUAAAGGCAGUUCACUGAUUAUCACUGAUAUCAGGAUUGGAUUUGGGACCGAUAAAGCGUUAAAAUGGCAUGAAAAGAACAAGAUGAAGUAAAUAAAGAAUAUUGACAACCAUGGAAAGAUGACUUGCAGCCAGUUUUUUCAGAAAGUCCUUCUUCAGGUAGUCUCCUGGGCCUAUGGUCAGGAAAAAAUCAGGCUUCACGCCAUGACGGACCAUUCUCUGGAGCACUAUAAGAAAAAUGAAGAAUGGCAUUUGUUGAGCAUCAACGUCAGCGAGGCGCGAUACGAUCACGAAGGAAUCAGUGUGAGUUUUUUUUUCCUUGAAUUCCACAAAGGUACACACAAAUUGAGCCCUCAUUACGCUUUUUUUUCCUUGUAUACAAUGAUAGGGUUCAAGUAUGAGCUCACAAACGUCAAUUUUUACAAAAUAACUAUCAUAUUGUGCGGAAAGCUCCAGUGGCCACUUAAGUGGUUUUUCAAGGAAUCUUUAGAGAGAACACUGAAGUGGUCACUAAAACGACGUUCAUUGAAGCCAUUAGUUUGCGUCUUAGUGACCACUACAGUAGUUUUGAUGGUCUAGUAGUACAAUUUAAGAUCCUAAUAAGCCUCUAAAUUCCAGACACUUAAGUGGCCAUUGAUUCGACUACAAUAGUGGCUACUAAAACGGCAAAACCCUAAAGUGACCACUAAAAAAUUUUCACAGUUCUUCAAGAGCUUGAGAAAAAUCAAAAGUCGUGGUAAAACCAUGAAAACCGGUGUUUUUUCAACAUAAAGUUCACGAAAAAGUAAGAUUUUAGUUUGAAAAUAAUUCAAGCCAAACAAGUCCAAUGUGAAAGUUCCAAAAAAUAAUAAAUGUUAGACUUAAAAUAUACUAGAAUCAUUGUUUCAAAUACUUGCAUAGUAGUCCAGUCAACCCGCAAAAAUUAGAGUUGAAAAAAAUGGAAGCUUAAAUUAUCCCAAUCAAGAUAAUUUCUCCUACUUCUACCUUUUAUCAUCGUUUUUUUUCAGUUAUCAGCUUCAAAAAAGCUUUUGUUCUGUCGCCUCACUGCCCAAAUUCCACUUAAUCCCAAGCUUUUCAGGUAUCCGAGGUGAAAUUCGAAGUUUCCUUGAAAAGAAGGCCGCUUUUCUACAUGGUCACGCUGACUUUCCCGUCCUAUGUAAUGUGCGCGAUUUCUGUUGUUGGACUUUUCGCCCGAUUUUCAACUACUGGUGAAAGAGAGGUUUGUAAGCUUCCUAAUUCUACGAGGUAGCGGAAUUAAUGACUCAUCUAAAUCAUCAUAAUCAGUUUUUCAUAUUCCAUAAUUUAUUGGCGUCCAACUUUCUUCUCAUCAUCUUGCCUGCAAAGAAAAAAAAAACGUAAAAAAGGAGCGCACCUUCAAUUCGAAGCACAGAUUCCAAAUUGAUAAUCGCUGUUGGAAAACUGAAAACUGAAAAACUAUUGAAAAGAAUAGUUGUUGAAAAAUUACCAAAGAUAAUCUGUAGACGUGUAGAAGUUUCUUCGUAGAGCGGCGAAGGUUUUUUUCUGUAAUCAAGUUAAUUAUAAAAUAAAAAUUCCAAAAAGGGAAAAAGCCGAAAUUUGAGAGAAAGGAAAAAAAUUAAAACCACUUUCCAUCAAUUUCGUCGCGUGCUUGCGGAAUGGAAACCUACAGUACAGAGCAAAAAAAAACAGUUUUUCGAUCCGUUUUUGAGAAUUUUUUAGUCGAUUAUUGUUUUUCAUGUUUUUUUUUUCGACAAGGAUCGGAACAAAGAUUUUAUAAUCUAAAAAGAACCGAAUUUGAACAGAGUUUAUUAGAAAUUAAAUGUAAGACGGUAUUCACAUCUUUUGAUAUUUUUUUAGCGUCCUUUUUUUGAAUCUCGUUGUCUUCAUAUAGUUUAUGUAACAAUUUUUUUCUAGUCGAAUAUCAAGUUUUUUUACGACAAAAAAAUUAUGUUUUUUUGCUCAUUUUUUUCACUUAAAGUUUAACAAAAAAACUAUGAUUUCAGAGGUAAAAAGUCAAGUCAGUUCAAGAAAAUCAUUUCGGUGAAAAAUUUUUUUCAAAUGAAAUUUUAAAUUUUUUUUGAAGCCCGGCCCGAGCCCACGCGGGCUUUUUCCUGAAAAUAAGGCCCAAAGCCGCCCGGCCUGACGCACAAGUCGGCGAAAAACCGAAAAUUGUCAUUGGAGCGCACUUGAGCCAUUGGAGCGCACUUUAACUUUGGGCUGUUUUUGCAAAAAAUUUUGGCACUUGCACCAAAUUUUCUAAAAGUCCGAAUUUUUAUAGACUUUCCAGCGGAGCAAAAUUUAUCAUCUUUCUAGUUUAUUUUUACUGAAAAUAUCGAAUUUAUGUAGCUUAUAUCGGUUAAAUGCGAGAGUAAGCUGAAAAUUGUCAUUGGAGCGCACUUGAGCCUAACUUUACUAAAUUUCAGCGUUUACUGCGUUUAAAAAUGAAUGUUUUUUGCAGAAAUUUUGGCACUUGCCGCAAAUUUUUUAAAGGUUCGAACUUUUAUAGGCUUUUCAGCGAAGCAAACUUUAUUUUUACUGAAAAAAUCGAAUAUAUGAAGCUUAGAUCCUUUAAAUGCGAGAGUUAGUUGCCUUUUUUCAGUUUUUCGUAGCUUGUUCGGAGCCAUCAUUUCAGUUUUUCAGUAAAAGGAAAAUCACGCUACCUUUUUUUCAGUUCAAAGACCACAUAAAAUCUAAAUAGAAAGUCGUUUCCAACGGCUGGUCAGAAAACCUCGUGCAACUCAGAGAGAAAAAAAAAGAAAAUAGAUUCGCAAAGCGGCGGCUGAGCUAGGUCAUAAAUUGGCAAAUGUGACGACUCGAGGCUCCGAUAAUCGACCGAUCAUCGCUUCGCAAAGCUCAAAAUAACGUUUAUUUUAGCUGGUUUGAAGAGGGAACCCUAUAAUGUAGUUUAGAAUGGAAAAAAAAAUAUUUUUGAGAACAAAAUGGCCUUUCAGUUUAAAGCGUCUAAGAGAUUUUGGAAAUUUUCUAUCAAUUUUGAAGCAAAGCUGAAGUUUCCACUAGAAAAUCUGCUAAGAAUUGGUUUUUUCCAAACUUUUCUUAUAUACCAUCCUACAUCUCAGAAGCUCAUGCUCAAAAAAGCGCCUCAGUAUGAGCUGGACUAGACUAUAGUGACCAAAGUGCGGAAGAUUCUGGAGUCCAAAAGUCAAGAAAAGCUUUCAUUUACAUUUCUCAGAAGCCCUUAGAAGUAGGCUGAACUUUAUAAUCCCUUCUGCUUGAUAAAUUGAAAAUAAAGAAUUUUUUAAGAGAGGCUGGAUAAGAUUUUUAGGGUUAACCGAACUCACCCAGCUCCUCAGAUGCCUUUUUCAAACUCUCAUGCUUUACAGUGCUCUAGAGCUUCCUGAGAGUCCAACUCAAUAAAUAAUUAUUUCAGUAUGAGCUGGACUAACUAGACUGUAGUGACCAAAGUGGGGAAUGUUCUGGAGAUCUCGCCGAUCUUCUCAGAAUGCCUCAGAAACAUGCUGUAGACCCUUUGAAACUCCUUUUCGCUUGCUCAGAAAAAGUGAUUUGGUAAGAGCUGGACCAGGUUCUUAGUUUUAAUCGAAGCCCACCGACUUUUUUUUUCUUCAAUCUCUCUCGCUUCCUAGUGCUUUCUAGCGCUCGAAUAGUCUGACUCAACUUCUUUCAGUACGAGCUGGACCAGGUUCUUAGUGUGAACCGAACUCCCAUAGCUCCUCAGAAGGCCUAUCGGCUUUUUUUUUCAGUCUUAACCGAACUACCAUAGCUCUUCAGAAGUCACCGACCUUUUUUUCUCCAAACUCUCUCGCUUCCUAGUGCUCUCUAGCUUCCAAAGAGUCCAACUCAACUUCUUUCAGUACGAGCUGGACCAGAUUAUUAGUGUUAACCGACCUUAUCUAGUUACUCCAAAGACCACCCCGGCCUUUUUUUCCAAACUCUCUCGCUUUUUAGUGCACUCUAGCUCCCUAAGGGUCCAACUCAACUUCUUUCAGUUUGAGCUGGACCAGGUUCUUAAUGUUAACCGAACCCACAUAGCUCUUCAGAAGUCACCGACCUUUUUUUUCUCUAAACUCUCUUCCUUCAAAAAAUAAUGAAUCCUUUUUUUCAGUACGAGCUGGACGAGAUGGAGCUCCAAGAGAGCAGCAUGGAGAUUCUGAAGCGGAAGACGACCAACGGCUACGUGCUCAUCUCCGAGCGACUCGACGUCAUCUUCAUGACAUUUUUCCUCUCGGCCGUCACGAUCCCCGUCGUCGUCCUCUUCUACCUUAGUCAGCCCUCGGCUCCCAUUGUGAUGCAACAAAAAAAAAGAAAUUUUCCCACGGGUCUCGAAACUUUUUGA